CGCAAGUACGGGAAGGGGCUGCAGCACUACCUGCUAACCUUGGCCUCCAUCGCCUCCCGGCUCUACGCCCAUGCCAGCCUAGAGAACCACGUCCGGCUGGCCGUGGUGAAGGUGGUGACCCUCGGGGAGAAGGAGAAGGGGCUAGAGGUCAACAGGAACGCCGCCACCACCCUCAAGAACUUCUGCAAGUGGCAGCACCAGCACAACCGCCUCGACGACGACCACGACGAGCACUACGAUGCCGCCAUCCUCUUCACCCGCGAGGAUCUGUGUGGGCAUCACUCCUGCGACACCCUGGGCAUGGCAGACGUCGGGACCAUCUGCUCUCCCGAGCGCAGCUGCGCGGUGAUCGAAGACGACGGCCUCCACGCGGCCUUCACCGUGGCUCACGAAAUCGGGCAUUUGCUUGGGCUUUCCCAUGAUGACUCCAAAUUUUGUGAGGAGAACUUUGGCUCCAUGGAAGAUAAGCGCCUGAUGUCCUCCAUCCUGACUAGCAUCGAUGCUUCAAAACCCUGGUCCAAAUGCACUUCAGCAACUAUCACAGAAUUUUUCGAUGAUGGUCAUGGUAACUGUUUGCUGGACCAACCAAGAAAGCAGAUCCUGGGCCCUGAGGAGCUUCCGGGACAAACCUACGAUGCCAUUCGCCAGUGCAAACUGGCGUUUGGACCCGAAUACACAGUGUGUCCUGGCAUGGACGUGUGCUCUCGCCUCUGGUGUGCAGUCGUACGCCAAGGUCAGAUGGUUUGUCUGACUAAGAAGCUGCCUGCUGUGGAGGGAACACCAUGUGGAAAAGGGAGGAUCUGCCUCCAGGGAAAAUGUGUUGACAAAACCAAGAAGAAGUACUACUCAGCUUCAAGCCACGGUAACUGGGGGUCGUGGGGACCUUGGGGGCAGUGCUCCCGCACGUGCGGCGGGGGCGUCCAGUUCGCGUACCGGCACUGCAACAACCCGGCCCCCAGGAACAACGGGCGGUACUGCACCGGCAAGAGGGCCAUCUACCGCUCCUGCGGCGUCGCGCCCUGCCCGGCCCACG